GGCUCAGGGUGCUUCCUGUUCCUGGAGCCGCGCGUGCCUGGCUGCGCACGGGCUUGCGCCUGCCUGUGCCCAACAGCACUGCGCAGCAGGGCAGACAGCAAGGCACGUAUCCAGAAACAGGUGGAUGGAGAAGGUCUCUAUGGACUGACGGCAGACACCAGGAGAGAUACAUGGCCAGCUCCCAAGAGGUGCAGGAGCAGCUUGGCGUUGGGUGCUCCAGCACAGACCUCCGACUUCCCUUUUCUUGCCAUCACAAACUGAUUUUUCCUCUGUAUUUUUUGAGUUGCUUUGGUGGGAGCCACUUGGCCCCUUCUUCUUUCGCCCUCCAAGAUGGUGAGGUGGUUUCACCGUGACCUGAGUGGGCUGGAAGCUGAAGCCUUACUGAAGGGACGAGGUGUCCAUGGGAGCUUUCUGGCCAGACCCAGUCGGAAGAAUCAAGGGGAUUUUUCUCUUUCAGUCCGGGUUGGUGAUCAGGUAACCCACAUCCGCAUCCAGAAUACUGGGGAUUUCUAUGACCUGUAUGGAGGGGAGAAGUUUGCCACCUUGUCAGAACUGGUGGAGUACUACACGCAGCAACAGGGCUCGCUGCAGGACAAAGAUGGAACCAUCAUCGACUUGCGAUACCCGCUCAACUGUUCUGACCCCACUACAGAGAGGUGGUACCAUGGGCAUCUGUCAGGCCCUGCAGCUGAGUCACUUCUCCAGGCCAAAGCCACCCCUUGGACCUUCUUGGUGCGGGAGAGCCUCAGCAAACCCGGGGAUUUUGUCUUGUCUGUCCUCACUGACCAGCUUAAACCUGGGUCUGAUGCUGCACCAGCUGGGGCAAGCAGUGCCUCUGGGGCCCGGCUCAAAGUCACGCACAUCAAGAUCAUGUGUGAGAAUGGACGCUACACAGUUGGAGGUGCUGAGACGUUUGACAGCUUGGCAGAUCUGGUGGAGCACUUCAAGAAGACUGGAAUUGAGGAGGUGUCUGGCUCCUUUGUGUAUCUGAAGCAGCCCUACUACGCUACGAGGGUGAAUGCUGCCGACAUUGAGAAUAGGGUGCAGGAACUGAACAAGAAGAGUGUCUCUGAGGAGACGUCCAAGGCUGGAUUCUGGGAGGAAUUUGAUAGCCUGCAAAAACAGGAAGCCAAGCACCUGUUUGACCGUCACGAGGGUCAGAGACCUGAAAACAAGAGCAAGAAUCGAUACAAGAACAUCUUGCCCUUUGAUCACUCCAGAGUCAUCCUCCAAGGAAGGGACCCAAAUAUACCUGGAUCUGACUAUAUCAAUGCCAACUAUGUCAAGAACAACCUCAUCAGCCCGGAUGAGUGCACCAAGACCUACAUCGCUAGCCAGGGUUGCCUAGAUGCCACAGUCAAUGACUUCUGGCAAAUGGUGUGGCAGGAGAACACGCGCAUUAUUGUGAUGACUACACGGGAAGUAGAAAAAGGGCGGAACAAAUGUGUUCCUUACUGGCCAGAGGUGGGCAGCACGAAGGAAUAUGGUCCCUACCUUGUGGAGACCACAGGAGAGCACGACGCAUUGGAGUACAAACUCCGGCACCUCUGUGUGUGUCCGAUGGAUAAUGGUAAGGCUGCACGCGAGAUCUGGCACUACCAGUACCUGAGCUGGCCUGACCACGGGGUACCCAGUGAGCCCGGAGGAGUGCUCAGCUUCCUUGACCAAAUAAACCAGAAGCAAGAGAGCAUCCCCGAUGCAGGGCCUAUUCUGGUCCAUUGCAGUGCCGGGAUCGGCCGCACUGGGACUAUCAUCGUCAUCGAUAUGAUAGUGGAUACAAUCUCCACCAAGGGGCUGGACUGUGACAUUGACAUCCAGAAGACCAUCCAGAUGGUGAGGGCCCAGCGCUCAGGGAUGGUGCAGACGGAGGCUCAGUACAAGUUCAUCUACAUGGCCAUCUGCCAGUUCAUAGAGACAACCAAGAAAAAGCUGGAAGUUAUCCAGUCUCAGAAAGGCAAGCCAAACGAGUCUGAGUACGGGAACAUUGCCUACCCCCCCGCAGUGAGGAAUGUGCAUGCCAAGGCUUCGCGAAAAUCCUCCAAGCAGAAAGAGGAGUCCACAGUUUAUGAGAACUUGGGGAAAAAGGAGGAGAAGGUGCGGAAACAGCGUUCCUCAGAGAAGAAACUGAAAGGCUCACUGAAGAAAAAAUAAGUGUACAUUGCAGGUAGCCCUAUGGGGUUUUGAACCUGGGGUGCGUGACUUCAGCUCGUGUCCAGGCUGGCCUGUCUUGCAUUCCUUGCUCUUGACUGGAACUAGGCCUUCCCCUUCUCUUCCUGCCACCAUUCAGUGCCCUCAACCAAAGCUCCGUUGACCGACUCCAUUGCCCCUUGCCUGCACAGGCCAGCCAAGUCUCCUGCUGCCCCUUCAUCAUUCAUUAACAGGAUGAAAUCCUGCCCAUCUCGCCCUUGUGUCUUCUGCCUUCUCGUCCCUGUGCCAGCCUCAGGCCUCCCUGAGGAGGAGCUGAGGAAGCUCUUUGCAGGGGCUGCACCUCUGCCCACCACUGUGAGUUAGCGUGCAGCCUGGCAGCCUUCCCUCAGCCUCAGUGUUUGAAGUGUGGAGGUUUUGGCCUGUUUCAGCUCAGCUCCUCCGCAAUUCAACAGGAAACUUCCUCUCAACACCAACCUUGUGCCCUGUGGUCCCUUUUCUACUUGGUCCUUCAACUGGAUGCUGUAAUAUACCAGAAUUUGAGGCGAUGGCUGUGUUUUCUCCUUUGUUUGUAAAUAAAACUUCUGUUUGUUUGGA